AUGUACUCAUACGCCGAGUAUAUGGCCGAGAGUGAAGAGAUUCAAGUCCAUUUCGAAGGAAACAAUCGUCCUCCUUAUAUGAUGAUGUACAAUAACCUCGCAGAGAUCUGCGCGGAACAAUAUAGAAUUAUCGAUCAGUCCCUUGAUGCCAUCACGCUAGCUUCAGUCAUUAAUCAUAUGCCUAAGUUAAAGGCUAUUGAUAUAACUUUCAGAUCUCCUGCACCGCAAUGGUUACGGCCGCUUCUAUACCGUGGAUUGAUACUCGACAAUGAAGGGUCUUUCCGGUAUCAUCUAAAGACUAUACUACCUGCUCUAAACGCCUUGGGGGGACACACUUUGAAAUUCAGAAAUCUUCAGCUACCAAAAUCAUUCUUAAGGCGCUAUCCACACUUUGAACAUAUCUCCAAGUCGAUCCCCCAUGUCAUCCGAAUCAGUGACGCUAUUCGCUAUGAGCGAGCUGAUAUGGUAUCCAGUGAUAAUUGGAUUUGCCGAUCCGCAUUCGGAAUGUUCCUUGCGUAUCAUACAGGCUCCUCAACACCCCUCCCUGUGGGUGCUAUAUUGCACCCAUCAACCGACAACGGCGAACGGGGUUGUGCAUUUCAGAUGUGGGAACCUGGUUGGUGCGUACGUGUUCAGAGACGGGCGUCACAAUGA